AUGAGAGAGAAACUAAAAGCAGCAAGGUCAAAAGCGGAAACUACUUUAUUGGAAGAAGGCCCCAGUCCACAACCAAGGCGUUUAAAAAGCAUCAGAGAAAGGAAAACAGAAGUCAGAUUGGAUAAAGCGUCUGAUAAUGAUAAGUUUAGGGAGAUGCAAGAGGAUGAAUCCCACUUACCAUCAAAAAUAAAGUUUCGUGAUUCUGUAAAAAAGCUUAAGCAAAAGUCAACAUUCCAGAAUGAUUUUCCUUCUGCUGAAGAAGCAUAUAAUUUCUUUACCUUCAAUUUUGAUCCUGAACCAGAGAAUAUAAAGGCUGGAGCCAGGAAAAUGAAUGGAUUAAAUGAAGAAGAGGAGGCAGAAGAAGAAUGUGUAGAAACCCAUGAGGAUGAACAAGAGGAGGCUGAAAUGGAUGAAGACGUACGCCUAGUUAAAGAUGAUGAUUUAUUCGUUAUAGGGCAGACAGCCGAAGAUUUUCUAGUAAUGAAACCUGCUGAUUGUGAAAGCUACUCUGAGCAACUGAAAAAGGAAAAAGAAUUUCUCUUCACUCCCAGCAUGCUAGCAGUGCCUGCUUCUGAGAAGAUGCCUAGAAACAUGCAGCCUAGGUACCUUGAGGAUGAGGGUCUUUACACAGGAGAAAGGCCCUUUGUAUCACAGUCUAAUCAAAAUAUUUUAGAAAACAGAAUACUCCGACAGGAGCAAGUAAAGUGGUUUGGUGAUGAUGGCAAAAUCUUAGCAUUGCCUAAUCCAAUUAAACAGUCUUCUACUAGGCCUCCAAUAUUCUCAUUGGAAGAAGGCAUUGCACCAGAACUUGAGACAGUGUACAGAAAGGCAAUAAAAAUGACAGCUGCCAAUCAGUAUCUUGUUGGACCUGGAGAUUUUCAGGGGCCAUUUCAAUUGGAUAUUGAUAUUUCUGGACUGAUAUUCACCCAUCAUCCCUGUUUUAGCCGUGAGCAUGUGUUGGCAGCUAAAUUGGCUCAGUUAUAUGAUCAGUAUUUAGCAAGAAAACAGAAGAAUCUUACCAAACUUCUCACAGACAAGCUGCAUGCUUUGAGGAAUGCUGUGCAAUGUAGUAUAGAUGGUGGUGGUGCUGGUUUUCCUAGACCUGUGGCACAACAGAGCAUGCCUGAAUACAAAAUUGAGAUCCGGCAAACCAGAAGACUUCGUGAUGCUGAACAAGAAAAAGACAGAAUGUUGCUUAAGACCAUUAUAAAAGUUUGGAAACAAAUUAAAUCCCUUCGUGACUUUCAGAAGUUUACUAACACACCCAUGAAACUUUAUUUGAGGAAGGAAGAGGUUGAUCAGAGAUUAGAUGAAAAAGCAUAUGAAGGAGAAAUUCAGGCUGAGAUAAAUGAAUUACUAGAAGAAUGUAUGGAAGAAUAUGAAAAGCAAAUGGAGGAGUAUAAAACUGAGCUACAAGAGUGGAAAUCUUGGAAGAAGACACAGAAGUCCAAGAAGAAGAAGAAGAAAAAAGACAUUAAUGAAGAAGAAGAAUUAGUAGAAGAUUGUGAUCUUGGUGAGGAACGUGUAAAACCCAUCCCACCUAAAAUGCCCAAUAGCCUGGAAAUAGAGCAGCAGGUUAGAGAAAAAGCUGACAACUGCAGAAGGAAACCUGGAGAGCCUGCUCUAAUUCCUGAACUGGUCCUGUCAGGAGGCAUAACUCCAACUGAGCUGUGUCCUCGAGCAGAAGUUUUGCGACGAGAAGAUGUGAAGAAACGCUCAGCAUUUAUAAAAGUACUUUUCAACUCCAAAGAAGUAUCAAGGACUGUUACCCGACCAAUAAGUUCAGAUUUCAGAGUUCACUUUGGACAGAUUUUCAAUUUACAAAUAUUCAAUUGGCCAGAGAGUUUGAAACUACAGAUAUAUGAAACAAUGGGUGUGAGCAGUACCACCUUGUUGGCUGAAGUAUUUGUGCCUGUUCCUGAGACUACAAUUCUGACAGGCAGUGCUCCUAUGGAAGAAAUAGAGUUCAGCAGCAAUCAGCGUGUGAUGUUGGACCAUGAAGGCGUAGGGAGCGACGUGUCCUUUUCAUUUGAAGCUGAUGGUAGCAACAAAAUGACUUUAAUGACUUCUGGGAAAGUAUCCAAUAGUGUCUCUUGGGCAGUUGGAGAAAAAGGAAUCCCCUUAAUUCCUCCAAUAUCUCAGCAAAACACAGGCAUUCCAAGGUAA